AUGGAAACCCCCAGCACCCCGAUGAGGCCUAUAGAGGUGUCUACCCCGCUGGCACCAGAGAGGCCUAAACCCAGAAAGCGUUAUCUCAGCACCAGCUCUGACGAUGAACAGUUCCCACCAACAAAGACCCCACAGGAGGAAGAUGAGGAGAUCUCACAAAUAUGGCAAAGCUUGUUGGACUCUAUCUCGAUACCAAACUCUAUAAUGCAGGAGCCAGCAGCAGAGGCUGUAACAGCUGAAGAACCUGAGAAGUGCAUCAAUACUAGCAUCCCGCCGUCACCUAUUGAGCUUUGGAAUAUGGCUUCUGCAAGUAACAUUCACAUUCAGGCUCCUGAAGCAUUGGCAAACAAUCAGCCGGCGCAUCUCACCCUGAAAAAUCUUCUUGGACUGUCGAUUGAUGAAACACAGCACAUUUUACCAAGAAAGCGUCGAGGAGCUAUGCGUGGAAUUGUCAGAGCAACCAUUUAUGGCAUCUUGAAACACUGCUUAAGCCAGUAUCUGUAUGAGAGCUGUAUCGGUUGUACAAUUCAGGCCCCUGGACAGAGCUCUCACGAAUGUACAAACAAUCAGAUGACCACGCAACCAAUGAGAAUCUCAAACCUCAAGAUUCAAAGACUGAGACAACACAUGAGGGGCCCCAAGCAUCAAAGGCCGACAGACCUGGAGGCCACGGUAAAGCCAAACGAAAACUCAAACACCUCACGGGGAACACUUUAA